GCUGGAGCUUUAACUUUUCACGCGCUUCCUGUCUAAACUUUGUUUUGCGUUUGUUUAUUCCGGGAAAGUUACAUUUGACGUAGCUGCGUUACAGUUAGCUCAGUAAGAAGAGUUAGCUCACAGGGUUUCAGCUCUGCUAACAUGUUUCCUGUUCGGUUCUUUCACUUUUCCUGAUUCUGAGAACGUUAAAGACAAACGAACACGGAGAAGCUCGAACUAGACCUAACAUCAAGCGCGUGUUUAACGCGAAUAAACUCAAAUAGAAAAGAAAACUUCACUGCUGUUGGGAUCAGAGGAGCCUCACCGGCCCCGAAUCAAAGGUCAGAGGCUGUCUGCUCGCUGCCUGACCGAUGCCUCCACCAUGAUGCUGCGCUGCAUCGCGUUGCUCGUCGCCCUCUCGCUGCCGCAGGCCUGCAGCUUCCUGGGUUCCACGGAGGACGACGACAGCGGCGUCCCCGAGGAGUGGACGCUGCUGCACGUGGUCCAGGGGCACAUCGGCGCCGGAAACUACAGCUAUCUGCGCCUCAACCACGAUGGCAGAAUCAUCCUGCACAUGAAGAGCCUGAAGGGGGACGCGGACCUGUACGUGUCGGACAAAACCCUGCACCCCAACUUUGACACCUACAAGCUGCAGUCCGUCACCUGCGGCCACGAUGUGGUGGUGGUUCCCGGGGACUUCUCCAGGCCGGUGGGCAUCGGGAUUUACGGCCACCCGUCGUACCUGGAGAGCGAGUUUGAAAUGCGAGUGUUCUACGAUCAGACGGUACAGCAGGACCCCUUUGACAAGGGAUCGUACUCACACGACGACAAACAGAAGGAAAAGAAAUCUGCACAGGCAGCAGAGGACGACUUCCAGGAAGAAGAGUCGAUCUUUUGGACUAUUUUAAUCGGACUUCUAAAGAUUAUACUUGAAAUUUUGUUCUGAAAAUCCGUUCUUAGUGCAAGACCGCUCAGAGUUAGGGAUCGGUCCGGUCUUCUGUGGAAGAUCUGACCUUUGUGUUUUCAUUCAGACACUCUAAACGCACGCUUUUCUUUGUUCAUUUUUACAGAAUGGACUCCUGCUCUGAUCACUUUAAGAUCAGUUAAUCUCAGCUAAGGCUUCAGUCACAUGAUCCCAGGUGUGGCUCCACCUGUCUUCACACCUUAAAGUCUGAAACUUCUAGCGUUGAUUUUAAUCCCAUUAACUUCAUGUUGACUUCAGGAGCAAACAUGUUUUUUUUUGCCUGUUGAACGAGCAGAUUUAUUUUCUAACAUCAACAUUUCUGGAGUUCGGUUUGUUAUCGCUGAGCAGAAAUGUUCAACAGUGCCUUCACACGGAACAGAACCGUUCUGGUUUCCAGGCUGAUGAAUGAAUCAGGUUUCAGAAUAAAAGUCUUUUACAUCUUU